AUGAAGAAAAUCGUGCAAUCACGCAAAAAAGGUGCAGAUGCUUCUUUAUUCAGUCGUUUACCAGAUGAAAUCAUCCUCCAAAUUGUAAACAAAUUAAUCGACUUGAAAACCCUUUGUUUUUGCUAUCUCGUUUCCAAACGUUUCUCCUCGAUUGUACUUCAAGUCGAUGCCAUUUCCUUCACUGCUCCUUUAGACCCUAACAUUCCCGACAAGAACACCAUCAGUGAUGUCGACCCAAGUAGGCCGAAUCCGCCUAAACUUUCUUCGUUUUUUGGUGAGUCCUUUCUAUCUGCGAAUGGGUUUUUGAACACGUUUACAGGGGUGAAGUCCUUAUAUAUCGAAUUUCCAUCUUUCGGUCAUAGAGAUAUUGAUAAUAAUUGUUUGUUCAAGUGGAAGGUUAAGUUGGGGCACAAAGCUCUAUCGUUUAUAUUUCUAUCGCCGAAUUCAAUUUAUGAUAAGAAUGGAUUGUAUCUUAAUGGAAAUGGGGGCGAAGAAGAAGACCUCGAAUUACUCAGUGAUUUACUUAAGAAGAAGCUUGCCAUUUCGUUUCAGUGUCUGCAGGAUGUGAUAGCGUGGAAUGUGAUGCUGUUGCACCUCCUUAAUAAUCUACCAACGUUGGAAAAGGUAUCAAUUACUGAUUCAGGGAGAAGAGGGAGGCUUUCUCUGAGUGGGAAAAAACUCAGAGAGGUGAAGGAAUGGGUACAUUCAGCUUCGGAAAUUGUGUUUGAUCGUGUUGAGGUUCCUGAUAUGGUGAGUAAGUGUUACAUUCCUGUUUUGACAUUGCCAGUUUCAGGAGGUUUAUGUAGUAUGAAUCAGGGAAUUAAGCAAGCUCAAGUAACAAGUAACAUGGGAUAAUAUUUGCUAGAAGAUGGAGCGAUUCUAUAAAAGAUAUAUGGGGUUUAUGAAGAGUAUAUUUCCCAUGAAGAGUAUAUUUCCCUUGAAAGAUAACUAACAUGUAUUAGUGUGUGUGUUGUAAAUCUAUCUUCAUUAGCCAUAAAGUCGUCCAGAGAUCGAGUUGUUAGCUUGUCCCAUGUGCUUUGCACAUGAGGGCAUUUUGGUCAUUUCCCCUUGGUCUUCUCAGGACAUCAUCUUCUUCACCCAGAACCACACCAUUCACCCACGUUUAUUCCCUUUGACCUAACCCUUCUCCAUCCAUCACAAUUCCCACCUUCUAUCAUAAACCCAUCUUGAUUCCUAAUCUCUACUAUGAUCGGGUAUAAUUUAUCUGCUCGUUUAGUUUGGAGUUACAUAUAUUGCCAUUUGUUUAUUAAUCACCAAAUUAAUUGUGGAAAGAGAAUAUGGUUUCACGUUACUAUUCAUCAACCUAGUCUCCUUUAAAAUCAUGCACAAUCAUCGUUUGUUCUUAUAUCUAUCUGUGGAUCUGAAAAUUAUUCACUAUUGAUGUAUCGAUUGAAAUUAUAUAUAAUUAC